UGUUAGGUAUGUACUACCUCUCCGUGGCACAUCCCUAGUUUGACUGGGACCGAAAAGUGGUCAAACACACUUUGCCAGGUGGGGGGACCGCCAGAUUACGUAAGUUCAAAGCUGGUAGUCUGAUCGAGUCCCACGGAUGCAUGUGUGCGGUCGAGUUCUAUAAUUAUUAUAAGCAAAAUCCGGAGGAGGCUAUGUAUCUAGUCUAUGUCUCUGCAGCAGGCGAGCCGGUGAAAAUGUCGCCGGAGAUAGAGGGAGUAGUUGCCAAGUACCCUGAUCUAUUUGAAGAGCCUACAGGGGUUGUUGAGAGGGAAGUUGUCCAUGCAAUAGAGAUUAUUUCAGGGUCUAGUAUUCCGAAGGGUAGGAUCUAUAGGAUGUCUCCAGGCGAGCUUGAUGAGCUUCGCCAACAACUCAAGGAACUCGUAGGGAAGGGUUGGAUUCGACCGAGUGUUUCUCCUUAUGGGUCUCCAGUCCUAUUCGUACCAAUGAAGGAAGGAACACUUAGGAUGUGCAUUGACUAUAGGGGCCUCAAUGCCAUCACUGUCAAGAACAGAGAGCCCCUACCGCGCAUCGACAACUUGCUAGAUAGAGUGCAAGGGUGUCAGUACUUCGGUAAGAUAGAUUUGAAGUCCGGGUACCAUCAGAUUGCAAUCCGGCCCGAGGAUCAACACAAUACCGCAUCUCAGACCAGGUACGGUCUGUACAAGUUUGUGGUGAUGCCUUUCUGCCUGUGCAAUGCUCCUGGCACCUUUCAGCACGUUAUGAAUCAUAUAUUUCAUGACUACUUGGAUAAGUUUGUCAUCGUGUACCUCGAUGACAUACUUAUUUUUAGUAGGACUGUCGAGGAGCAUGUAGCGCACUUAGACAAAAUCCUCAGUCUCCUUUGGCAGCACAAGUUCAAGAUAAACGGGGAGAAGUGUGAAUUUGGCUGCACCCAUAUCUUGUACUUGGGUCAUGAGAUUUCCGCGGAGGGUUUGAAGCCCGAUGACGCGAAGGUGGCCAACAUUUGUGAUUGGCCGCGUCCUCAGUCUGUGACUGAGAUGAGGUCCUUCUUAGGGAUGACAGGCUACUACCGCAAUUUUGUUCAGAAUUACAGCAUAGCGGCCGCCCCUUUGAUGGACCUGACUCGCCUUGACACCCCAUGGGAGUGGACAGACAGGUGUGAGGCUGCUUUCAGAUAUCUGAAGCAUGCGUUGACACACCAUGAGGUCUUGAAACUUCUUGAUCCUGACAAACCUUUUGUAGUAACUACGGAUGCCAGCCAAUAUGGCAUAGGCGCCGUACUUGCGCAGCAGGAGGGGAAGAAGUUGAGGCCAGUAGAGUACAUGUCCAAUAAGAUGCCCUCUCAGAAGUUGGCUAAGUCCACCUAUGAGAAGGAGCUCUAUGCGAUCUACAAGGCGCUCACCCAUUGGAGGCACUAUCUCCUUGGGAGGUUCUUCUACGUCAGGACUAAUUAUCAGACCCUAAAGUGGAUGAGAACCCACCCUGUGUUCUCCGACGCUCUGAAGUGUUGGAUUGAAGUCAUAGAGCAGUAUGACUUUGAGCCCCAAUACAUCAAGGGCGAGUACAACAAGGUUGUUGACGCGCUGUCGCGUAGACCAGAUUUCUCUGGUGCACUGAUCACUGAGUUUGGGCUUGCGGACGAUGUUACUCACUCUCUGGUGGAAGCCUACUGCGAGGAUCAGUUUAUGUCCGAGAUCAUUCGCAGACUCGAGGCGAAUGACAAAAUUACUUCUGCCGAGUUUGAGUUGGUUAAUGGUCUGCUGUUCCUUGAGAAGGCCGGGAAUAAACGUUUGUGUGUUCCCAAUAGGGAGUCUUUGCAUAGUUUGUUUUUAGGUGAGUGUCAUGAUGCCACCGAACAUUUUGGUUUCAAGAAGACUGCAACCAAUUUGUUGCGGCGGUUCUGGUGGCCCACGAUGAUGAGAGACGCGAAGUUGUACGUGGAAACUUGUCAGGUCUAUCAGAGGGAGCCACGUACACAGGCUCCUCUUGGUCUUUUGAAUCCCCUUCCGAUUCUGGAAAGGCCUGGCGAAAGCUUGUCCAUGGACUUCAUGGAUACGCUGGUCACCAGCAAGAGUGGUAUGCGGUACGUCUACGUCAUCGUGGAUAGAUUUAAACAGGGAACUCAGCUGCGGAUGACAUCAGGAAACCAUCCCGAGGUGAAUGGACAAGCAAAACAGUUGAACCACGUUGUACAACACCUGCUGAGGCAUUACAUCAAGCCAAAUCAGGUAGACUGGGAUGAGAAACUUGCUCUCAUUGCCAGCCUGUACAACAACGCGGUGCACAGCGCAACGGGCGUGAGCCCGAAUAAUCUGCUAUCAACCUUUAAGCCUAGACUGCCCUUGGAUUUCUUACUACCUGAGAACCAACCCUCUGCUGCACCAGGGACCUUAGAGUUUGCUUAUCGAUAUGAGCAGCUGAUGCAGCAGGCUGUUGAACAGAUGCACAAGGCACAGGCGGCGAUGAUAGAGUCUGAGAACAAACACCGCCGCCCAUCCACAUUUCAGGUAGGAGAGAGAGUCUGGGUCACGUCCUCAAAACUGGGAGAGGAGAACGGGAUCUCCCGGAAGCUCAUGCCGCAGUACUUUGGACCAUGGGAGAUCCUAGAUGUUGUUGGGGAUGAACAUGAUGGGCCGUCUUAUGUUAUUCGCAUCCCUGAUCACUUACGUACUUACCCUGUCUUUCACACCUCUAAGCUUGCACCAUUCGGAGAGACUGAUCAGUUUCCCUCUCGUCGCUCUAUGCUGCCCCCAACCAUGGAUGGAGAGGUUGACAUCGACGACAUCUUUGAUCACAGCGAGAUGCCAGUUCCAAGACCAACCAGCAGAGGACGUCCUCCGAAACCGACGCUGCAGUACAGAGUUCGAUUCAGACAUCACACGGAUCCAAAGGAGGAUCGGUGGUUCACUAGGGAGGAACUGAUGCAGACCGCUCCUCAGGUUGUCACCCAAUAUGAGAAGUCUCUGCAGAAGGGAAAGCGCCAGAUCAUUGAAGACUGAACUUCUCAGAGGACUAUCGAAGUAUGGAGGAGGGAAUGUGAGGCACAGGCCCUCAAUUUGCUUUACAGGGCCUAUUUUUCGCUCAGUCGGCCGCCCUAACUGAAGGCAGGCACGACCAAGGCCCUCAGGCCAUUUUUGGGGUCACUGCGCAACUGGGGAAAUUCCAGGCAGUUGCGCAGCGCCAGUUGGUUGGAAGCGCCCAGACCCAGGCUGCCUCGCAUUGCAUGUAACUGAGGCAGGCCCUGGGCCAGAUACACAAAGUGGACCGAACAAAGGCUGAGGGCAGUU